AUGCCUUUAAAACAGGAUACUCCGUUUAAAGCUACAUUAAAGGCUUCUGGUAGUAAAGUACUUACCCCUAUCUCUAAUGAAGACUUGAUGGGUGCAUUGAAAGACUUUAAGAAGGAAAUGUUGACUUCUAACAAAGCGCUUUCUGAACUUCAAGACAAACAGUGUCGUUAUGUAAAGAAGUUGAUAUUCUCAAGGCAAAAAGUUGCUCGUCUCGAAUCUAAUAAUUCCGAGGAACUACCAAAAACGGUUGUGAUUGAAGCCCUUCAAGAAAUUUUUGAACGGGAAAAGUGUCAAUCUAAUUUAAUAUUUUAUGGAGUUUCUGAUCUGUCUUCUGGUAUCGCAUCUGAGCGUGUUGCACAUGAUAAACUGACGGUACAGAAUAUACUUCAAUCUCUUGGUGAUUCUGUUCCACAAAAUCCAAAACUCAUUCGCAUCGGUAAAGCUCGUGCAGAUACACCUCGCCCAAUUAAAGCUAUUUUCGAUAAUAAGCAGUCCGCUAUGCACUUAUUAUCGGCCUACAACACAGCAAGGCGCUCGGGUUGUUCCUUUCCUGAUGGCUUUCGAAUAGUCAGCGAUAAAACAAAUUUGCAACGCAAGUUGCUGCGUGAGUGUCACUUGGAGCUUGUCCGAAGAACCAACGAAGGCGAACCUGGCCUGCGAAUUUUAUUUGAAAAUGGGUUGCCGAAAGUAGGUAAAAUUCUUUCAAAAAACGGAGGACCCCAACUGCGCAUCCGCUCAUAACACCGACGAUCUUUCAUGGUCCACUGUCUGGUUACUACCAAAACUGUCGUGGACUCAGAUCAAAACUAACUCAUUUUAAUUGUAAUGUUUCUUCUUUAGAUUGUUUAUUCAUUGUACUCAUUGAAACUUGGCUCACUAGUCAAUUUUCUAAUUCUGAACUUGAUCUUUUUAACUAUAAUAUUUUUAGAUAUGACAGAUGUACGUUUACUAGUAAUUGUAAUCGUGGUGGUGGAGUCCUCAUUGGCAUUCGCCAAGGUAUUCACUCCUACCCCAUCCUAGUUGAACAAUUGAAUGUUGAACACGUCUUUGUUCGUCUUACUGUUGGUACCUUGAACUAUAUU